AAAGUGAAUAUAUAAACUGGAUAGUAAGCCGUUGCUUUAUACUUGUAUAUUUCUACUUCAAAAGCAAGAAAGCAGAGAAAAUAUAUUUAUCCAGAAAGCCAAGAUGGUCGUCGUUCAAGUCAAGGUACAAGCCUUCGAUGAAAAAAUGAUGGAACCYGAAAUUCGUCGAUUUUCUAUCGACAAUGAAGAAGUUACAAGCUUUGCAGCCCUUAUUGACAAGAUCAAAGGUCUUUUUCCUGACUUACAAGGAAAAGAAUUCGAAAUUUUUUGGAUCGAUGAUGAACUAGAUCAAGCGAUUCUCUCGAAUGACGAAGAGCUGCUCGAAGCAGUUCGAGUUACAGCAGCUAAAGACGUACUGCAUAUCCUGGUGAAUACUGUAAUGGAGAAUGAUGUACGAGCGAAACAAGAAGCCUGCCAAGAAUCCCGUUCUGAUGAAGCCGUGUUUGAGUGUCCUCCUUGUGACAACGAAAAGCUGUGCUCAGAGUGUAAGCAGAAUGAGGUCCAUAGAGAACAAAGGAUGGAGCCAAGCAAGAAGCCCUAUUUCUGUGGCCGUCAUCGCAAAGUUUGCCAUUUCCACCAAGGUGUGAUGGGUACAAGAGGAUGUAUGAUGGGUGGCCGUGGAGGUAUGAUGGGUGGCUGUGGAGGUAUGUGUGGCCGUGGAAGAAUGAUGGGCCAUAGAGGAUGUGUGGGUGGCCAGGGAGGCAUGAUGGGACCAAGAGGAGGCAUUAUGGGACCAAGAGGAGGUAUUAUGGGUGGCCAUGGAGGAAUAAGGGUCACAAGAGGAGGUAUGGGUCAUGAAGGUAUCAUUAGUGGCCAUGGGGGAAUUWUUGGUCCAAGAGGAAUGAUGAGUCCAAGAGAAUGUAUGAUGGGUGGUCAAGGAGGUGUGACGGGUGGCCAUGGAGGCAUAAUGAGUGGCCGUGGAGGUAUGAUGGGUGGCUGUGGAGGUAUGGUGAGUGGCCAUGGAGGUAUGAUGGGUGGCCGUAGAGGUAUGAUGGGUGGCCGUAGAGGUAUGAUGGGUGGCCGUGGAGGUAUGAUGGGUGGCCGAGGAGCCAGUAUGAUGUUUGCAAGAGGAUGCAUGGCCAGUCCAAGAGAAAAAGUGGUGGCCUAACUUCAAGGAAGACUAUGAUGCCUCUYGUUAUACUGGAAUUCAUAAGAGGAUCAAUUGAAUAGGACGAGGGUGUUGGUCCAGGUACAUCUAGCUACUAUUGCUUCCUUAAUAGAAAUUCCUGGCAAUAGAACAUGCACCGUUAUAGAAGAUAAGAUAUUGACUCAUCUCUGUACAAGUACUGUGGAAGAGAAGGAAGAUGGUAAAAGACAAGAAAAUGUUACCACCAAAUGAGAGGCAAGUUAAGGAAUUGAGCAAUGGAACAGGGAGCACAAGAGGACAUCUCUUGGUAACAUGCAGAAGAUGUUGUCUCAGGCUUAGGAAAUUAUAUCCUACUGUGUACUGGAAAUAACUGGUUAGAACUAUAUUAUACCACAUUUACAUGGAGGUAAGGUGACCCUACUUCUAGAGCUAGCUCUUUGUGGGUAUCCACUUGGGAAGAAAAACAAAGGACUCGUUCCUCYACUAGAGACACCCUACCUUCAUGGAAAAGAACUCCAAAUGUCAUGAAGUAGAGCUAUGGUUGGUCAAGCAAAACAACAAAAAAUAUGUGGAGUUUCGAUUCCUAGAAGGACUGUUUCGGCUGAAGAACACAAGACAUCAAGUUGAAAUCUGCAUUAGAGUUUUGAAAUGAUUAUCAUUAUCCUUAUAAGCAACCUUAAUAAAAUGAAUGAAAUAUCAGUUCCUAUAUCCGCAAGGUCAUUUUUCUUUCUAGAGAUUUUGUAAAUUCUGGUUAUAAAACAUCAAUUUCUAGCAUUAAAACUUUUCAAGGCAUUGUUGCAAUGACAAUUGAGGGCCAGAGUAGUAAAAAUUUUCUAGAAAAAUCUCAAGUGUAUGUAUAUAAUUAUUCUAUUUAUAUCUGCACAUGUUUAUAUUCUAAUCUGACAGAAAAUAUUCAAAGCUUAUAGCAUUAACCUCUUAUUGAAUAACUACAAUAUGUUAAAAUAACACCAUCUUAAGAAUAAAGUUCUAUGACAUAAUAAACUAAUCCUACUCUUUCAUAGCA